AUGGAUUUACAAGUACUUUCAACCCAGGUUUCGCCAUCGAGGGAUUCGAUUAAGUGUUGUAAUUGUGGCUGCAGUUGUUCUUUUGUAACCGGUUCAUCUUCAGGGUCUUGGAUCAGGUCAGUGAAAAGAAAACACGAUGAGUUUGAGGAGGGAAAUCGGUUUUAUAUACCCGGGUUUGAUUCCUUCUCGAAUCCACGAGUACAAAUUGAGAAUGAAUGUGCUGCACUACGUGAGAUGGUUUCUAGCCAACAGCAGACGAUGCAGGAUUUGUACACAGAAUUGGAAGAGGAGAGGAAUGCUGCUUCUUCAGCUGCAAAUGAAGCUAUGUCAAUGAUAUUGAGGUUGCAAAGGGAGAAGGCAGAGAUCCAAAUGGAGGCAAGGCAAUUUAAGCGUUUUGCUGAGGAGAAGAUGGGGCAUGAUCAGCAGGAGCUUUUGGUUUUGGAGGAUGUUUUGUAUAAGAGAGAGCAGGCUAUUCAAUCACUUACUUGUGAAAUUCAGGCUUAUAAGCAUAGGAUGAUGAGUUAUGGCCUUACAGAGGCAGAGGCAGAGGGCGAUAAGGGUGAGAGGGGUGGAUUUAGCCGCAACCCAAGCAUGAACGGAAAUUUGGAUGCAGCUCAAUUUGAGUUUCCAGCAUAUGAAUACCCACCCCUGAAAUGCAAUUUGAAUGAAAAUCCUAAUCCUUUGGAGGGUGAAGAUGAUAUUGUGGAUGUUGAGAAAUAUGCAUUUGGCGAGACCCCUCGUGGUCGGGAGCAGUUGAAGAGUUUGGAAUAUAGGAUCUAUCAGAUGGAGAGAAGCCCACGCAGCAUUCAACAGGAUGGUGAUUUUUCUGGUACAAAGAAUAUUCUCGAGAAGGUGGUAGUUGGCCACUCUCCUAGGCGGUCAAGGCACAGCAGGAGGUUCUCCGGAGAUAGUUCCAGUUCAUUGACGGGGAUGUCUAGAGAAUUGGGUCCAGAUUUUGCCUUUGAAUCUCCAAGAUCCAAGUUAAGCAAUAGCUUUAAGAAGACAGAUUAUGCUUCACAAGUUGAAGAUUACACAAAUUCGAGAAAGAGGGAUAAUACAUCAGAAUUUGGAGAUGACAUGAGUGACAGAGUUUAUACCAUCGAUUCUAUCCAUAAUGUGGUCUCACAGAAUGGUGUUACAGAACCAAAACCUGGAAUUGGGAUUUACGAAGAGUAUCUUUCAACUCCAAGAGAGACAUUGAAUCAGCCUGACGUUAAUGAUCCUGAUAUAAAAAAGCUGUACAUGAGACUUCAGGUGCUUGAGGCUGACAGGGAAUCUAUGAGGCAAGCAAUUAUUUCAAUGCGGACUGAUAAAGCACAAAUGGUAUUGUUGAAAGAAAUAGCUCAACAUCUGUGCAAAGAAAUGACACCGGAAAGAAAAAUGCCUGUGAAGAAGCAAUCUCUUCUUGGAAGCUUUUCCUUCAUGUCAAUCUUUAAGUGGGUCGUGUCCUUUGUUUUCUGGAGAAAGAAAGCUCAACGAAGCAAGUAUAUGUUUGGACUUUCAGCCACAAAUGUCGGCUUGCUAAUGCUUUUAGACAAAGGCCCCCGCACGAGGCAAUGGAGAUGUCUCAUGAGCACGCAAGUGUGA